AAUCCCUGCUGAAAGAUUAAACAAAGUUAAAGAGAGGCCACCCAACUGUAACCUUAACCCCAUUGGGAAUCUCUGGUUGUUUGGUCUUACAAAGAGUUUUCUUCCUCAUUAGAACUUUCUCUCAGAAGAUAACAAGGAAGACUACUAUUCUUGAAUAGCACCAGUUCUCAACCUCUCUCAGGAAGAAAUCCAAAAUCCCACUUCUAUCACAACACCACCUUCAUUUGAUUCUCAUCUAUCAUGAUUCUCUGAUCUUUUUCAUUGCAGAUGGUCCAAAGAAAGGCUAUCGACAAGCUUGGAAUCCUUGCUGAUUCCAAGACUAAUGUUAAAUCUGAGAAAUGGUCGAUGGCCCUUAAGCCAUCAUCUCCUCAGCAUCAGGAUGUCCAAGACAAGGGUGAAACAGAGUUGAAGAAGAAGGAAAUGAAAAAGUCCAGAUCAAUCAAGCUCUUGGACUUGGAGAACUUAGAACCUCUUCCAACAAGGCGACCGAAGUCACGCUUCCACAAAGUACCUACCAAUGCAUCUGCUGCUGCAGUUACUCCACAAGCACCAUCAGUGAUCAAGAAGCGAGAUCCCUCGCCGAAUUAUAUGAAGCCUACAAGCAGUUCCGAUGCAAAAAAGGAGCGUUCACAGGUAAGUCCUCUUCGUUAUCAAGCUAGUUGUCCACGUAACAGUCUGAGUCCUAACCCAAGUGGAAGGAAUUCCAAUCGUAUGAGCAUGAGUCCUUGCCCAAGUGGAAGGACUCCCAAUCGCCAGAGCCAUAGUCCUUGCCCAAGCGGAAGGAAUUCCCAUGGCAACAGCUUGAGUCUUAGCCCAAGUGGAAGAAAUUCCCAUCGCAUGAGCCUAAGUCCUGCUCCAAGUGGAAGGAAUGCCAACAGCCUGAGUCCAAGCCUGAGUGGAAGGAAUUCCUCUCGCAUGAACCCAAAUCCUACAACAGGUGGAAGGAAUUCCUAUCACAACAGCUUGAGUCCUAGUCCAAGUGGAAGGAAUUCCCAUUGCAAGAGCCCAAGUCCUUUCCUUGCCCAAGCGGAAGGAAUUCCCAUGGCAACAGCCCAAGCCCUAGCCUGAGCAGAAGGAAUUCCUAUCAUUCAAAGCCUUGCUCUGCUUCUGGUCACAAACCAAUGAAGACUUCAACAAAGACAUCUAGAUUGAAACCAGUGAGGACUCUGACAAAGACUCCUAGUUUCAAGAGUGGAGCAGAGUUGAAGAAGCAGAUUAAGAAAUCAAGAUCAAUCACGCUCUUGGAUUUGGAGAAUUUAGAAUCAUCUCCAAUGGAACAGACAUCUAGUGCUGCUGUUACUCCACAGAAACAAUCUCUGAUGAAGACACCAUAUUUGUUGCCCAAUUAUAUGAAGCCCACAAACAGUUCUGAUGCAAGGAAGGAGAAUUUGCAGUUAAGUAUCCAAGCUUCUCAAACUAGUUGUCCUAGCAAGAGUCCAAAUGAAAGCAAUUUGAUUCAUAUAAAACCUUCUUCCACUUCUGGUCACAAACCAGCAAGGACUCUUACGAAGACAUCUAGUUUGAAACCAGUAAGGACUUUAACAAAGACAUCUAGUUCGAAACUGGCAAGGCCUUCAAUAAGGAAGAGCCCAGAUAUUGCUCAAUCUUCCAGCCUGAACGCUGGUAAGGCUACUUGUUCAUCUACUCUGAAGCAUUCAAAGUUCCCUGCCUUUCUGACACUUAAUCCAGGCGCAACUGAAUCAGAAGGAACUUCAGCCAUGAAGGUCUGUCCUUAUACUUACUGUUCUCUUAAUGGCCAUCAUCAUACACCAAUGCCUCUGCUGAAGCAUUUUGUGUCAGCAAGGAGACGGCUAUUAAAAACACAGAAAAGCCUGCGACUGAAAAAUCUACCUUCACUUGAAAAAAGGCCUCCUGGAGAAAGAGAAACGGAAACUGAUAUGGAUCAGAUGUCCUUUAAUGAAGAUCCUACGGCACAAGAUGACAUAGAUUUCUUUGUAGAAAUUUAUGCUAAACUAAGGGAAGACACUGCCACGCCAAUCGGAAGAAGCAUUCAAGAUGGGGAUGAUGUGGCAACUACUUUGGGCGGCAGGGCAUCUUCAGUCAUACAUGGCACUGAAAUAGAAACAGAAAAUGAUACUGGGAAGGUUCAUGAGAGUUUGCCAGACAUGGUUUGCGAGAUUGUUGGCCCCCCAACUGAUACUGAGUCUGAUCUGAUGACUGUGCAUUUACCAGAAUCCAAGAGUCCAAGACUGCAGGAAGAGCUAGUCUGCGGGCCAGAUGACAUUGUCAACCACUCUGAAGAAUAUCCAGCAGGACAUGUACAGCAACAGGUCCACACAGAAAAUGCUGAAAGUUUCAGUAUGGAAUAUGGUGAUGAUGAUUCAGACACCGAUACUGAAGAUCAGAGCUUCUGGACAGGUGUACCCACAAAUGCCGGUGGAGAAGGAUCUGAUAACUCUAACUGCCCAGAUGAGAACUUUUUGUCCUCCACUGAAGUUGCAUUUGAAGAGCCGGCAACAACUAUGGAAGAGCGAGAUGGAGCUCCCAAGCCAGAUGAUACCGUCAACAGCAUGGCCCAUUCAGCAUCUGUUGAGGAACCAAAAGCAUCCAGUGAUGAGAAGGAUGAAGAACCUCAAACAGAAAACUUUUUCCAAGAGCAUCUUGAGCCCAUCCCCAUCACUGAUGUGGUGAAUAAUGCCCUCGAGAAUAAACAGGAAAGCAGCUUUAUUGCAAUUACCAGCAAUCUUUUAGGUACUGACGUUGGAAGCGAUGAAGAAGGAAAAAAACAAGCUGAAGAUUCUGUGGAACAUGAUGACCAUGGGGAAAAAUCCAGUCAAGCUGAGAACAGCAUUGGAGAAGAAGAGACAAUGCAAGUUGAAGAUUAUAUGGAAUCAUAUGCAACAGAAACAAUCCACAGUGAAGACAAUAUCACAAGCUCCAAAGAAGGUAAAAAAAUUGUCAAGAAAGGAAAUACCUCCAACCAACAACUGCCCAUGACCUCCAAUUUGAAGAGAACAACGAGAUGUAUGAGGCCCAUUGAGGACCAGGAAGAACAAAGAAAAUUCAACCCAAGGGAGCCACAAUAUCUGGACAUUGAGCCUGAACCUGAACCAGAAAAGGUUGAUCUUAGGCAUCAAAUGGAGGAUGAAAGGAAAAAUGCAGAGGAGUGGAUGCUCGAUUAUGCACUCCAACAAGCUGUAACUAAACUUGCUCCAGCUCGCAAGCGGAGAGUGGCACUGCUGGUCGAAGCUUUUGAAGCAGUUAUCCCACCACCCAAAUGUGAAACCCACCGGCCAAAUACCUCAGCAGCUUUUGCUCAUGCAAGAUGUAUACAAGCUUGUAACUAAAGGUAGUCAUUGAGUGCAGGUCAUAACCACAAGAGGCAGAUUAGGUUGACAUACUGGGGUUGAUAACUACAAUUGUAGCUCAGGGGCCAGGAAUCAGUACUACAAAGCCUAUGGAUAGAUAGAACAACUAACUUGUUGUUCACCAGUGUGCACUGGGAGAAGGUGUGUUACUCUAAUUUGUUUUUAAAAAAUGGUAGUGUGUGCUUAUCUUAUUGAGGGGGAUAUUAAUCCUCAGUUGUAGAGGGUACUUUACCUCCAUAAUAUCAUACUUUAUAUUGUAAUGUAUGAUGAAUUUGUGUGUUAUAAUAAAUUUGUUUGAUUACUUCUUAA